AUGGCUGAAUCUGCCGAGCAGCUGCGCAAAAUGCGAAUUCUUCAAAUGGCGGACCUAGGAACCGCUCGGCGUGAAAUGAUUUCCACUGCAGAUCUGAAGAAGGAGACUCGCACGCAAAUUGUCAAUAUCGAAUCCAAGCGAUAUCUCGAUCAAAGAGAUGAAGCUCAAUUGAGCAAAUGGGCAAAUCUGCAUGCUGAGAUUGGGGAUACCAGCGGGAUGGAGGAACUCGAUGACAUAGAUUGUGGCCAGUCUCACCGAGCUAACUUGCAUGCCACGUUGCAUCCCAAUGGAAGUCAGCCGCGCACUUAUGCCAAUCAUCCCUAUCCUCUUCCAUCUGCAGGUCGUGGCGGUGGUGUCAUGGGAAAGAGAGGACGAGGUGACUUUAUUACCACUCCCCCCAAUGGACCUGCUGCUCUUCCUCCUGUCCCUACGAGAAGCUCUAUCCAUACAACUGUCCGCCGUCCAGGACGCCCGGGACCGCGCGGUCGCUCAGCCACGAUGUCGGCCAGCAUUCAUUUAGAUCCUGCGUUGAACUGCAAUAACGACGGCAGCGAUGCUCGUGACCGAGGAAGGGGACGUGGACGAAGCAAAGGCAAGGGGAGGGGAAACGUCUCAGAGCAGGUUCACAGUAUGGUUUUUGAUGGCAGGUACAGAAAGAGAAUGCAGCUGACCACUUUUUUAGUCGCUUCCGCCCCUAUCAGAGUCCAGCGACCGGCUCCAGCCGUCGACUUCGGUACUAGAAUCUCUGAGCCUGGAGACUUCAUGUCCUUGGUUCAGUCCCGCCGAGCAACCGAAAUUACAGAUAUCUCUGCACCAAUGCAGACGACUACAACUGCGCAGGAACCAGUGUCGCCCAAAGAGCCAAAGGUCAAGCUGCCUCCAGGUGGUACACCGAAGAAAAGAGCGGCCACCGUUUCCCCACCUUUGAGCCCUGCACUCUCACGAGCAGCACCAUCAAAGCCGCCAUCUCAUGUCGUUCCUAUCAAGAAGGCCACGUCAUUACGGCCCGCAAAACCCCAGGCCACUGUAACCGAGAUUUCUAAGCCACAUAUUGGACCCUACCUAGUGGAAACACCUUCGCCAUCACCUCGUGUUGUUCCUAUUGACAAGACUGCGUCUUUCAAAUCUAGAAAAACCCAGACUCAUACAUCCAAAUCUUCCCAGUCACAUCGGCAAUCUCCUCUGGUUGUCGCAGUCGCUGCAGAUGAGAUUCGAUGGAAGGUCUUGCCUGGCGAACAACCACGAAAGAAGGGCGUGGCUCCUUCAAGCAAGGAGAUAGUCUCGUCUGAACGCCCCACUCCGCUCGCAGAGCUCACGAAGACACCGGCAGUGAAGGCAACUCAAACCAAAGACAGCAAACAGAAUGUUGUUACUAAUAGCCAGAGACUAAAAACGAAACAGAAAAUUCAGUCCCAAGACCUCCUCGGCGAUGAUGACUACCCUAUGGAUGCAGCAACAAAAGCUCACCGUCCUUUGAAAACAGUUGCCAUACAGAGCCCAGGUACUGCAGAACUGGCAGGCCUCCAGUUUGUGGCGAAAGCCGACGACUCAGUGCCAAUCAAGAGCAUUGAUGAAGUCAUUUCCCCCAAAACACCAAACAAUGAUGUCCCAGCAGUCCACUCUCGCCGCAAUGAUCAGAAUCAAGACGACAGUUUUGUUGUCUCUAAUCGGCAGAUUAUUGCAGAACUUCGCGACAUGCGCGAAUAUAUCCGUUCACCCCAUGAUUUGGCGACUACUCGGGAUAUCGAACGCAUACUUGAAGCUAAAUUGCUCGAGUUGAUGCCUACCACAUCUGCAUCACCUGCAGCCCCAGACGUUGGCAGUCAGCUGGAUAAUCUGGUUGCACUUAUAGAAUCUCUUUCGGCCCUGCACCAGCGGACUAAGGCUGCUGAAGCUUCUUCAGCUGCCAGGCGCGACCUUACGCCCUUUGAGGGGCACCGAUCGCCGCCUCCUCCUUCCUCCAGUUCGAGCUCACCUCCUUCUGCUAAUAAACGCGCGCACAAGGUACGUGUGCCCGACCUCUCACCGACCAGAAGUGAAAAUUCAGAUAUAAUCUCCCAGUUCGAAUCCCUCCAGGUUUCGGACAAACUGGUCGCGCCGCUUCAGCCCCAGCGUGCCAGCCCUAACCCAGCUAUUCGUCCCCUGGAGCCUCCCAAGAGGGCCACAACAUCCGAAGCGUCCGUUCAGCUCAAUUCUGUUCUGGGGGCGCGCUCAAAGGAAACGGUAAAAAGGGCGAUGACUCUUAGUGAUUCUAUCUUUGCAGGACCUGUUGGCCCUAACAUCUUGACCUCAAAGGCUACGGAACCCAAUGAGAUGCGGUCUCAGAUCAUGACGCGGGCUUUGGAUGUCAAUCAUCCGAACAUUCCCAGCCAGCAGGGUGAGAUAGUCCAACCAACCGUUCGCACGAUUGGCCCUGCGCCAUACAAACCCCGCGUGAUUGGCCCUGCUCCCUCGGUGUAUGAGCAAACAACGUUGCGUGACAUGCCAGGGUCUCAGAUUCGUACUGUCUCCGUACAGCAAGCAACCACGGAUACUCUCACUGAGAACCGCUCGUCUGUGAAUGUGGCAAGCCAAGCCCACUCCAGUGACCCAGCUUCCGAGCAAGCUGUCGGUCGACUGCUUUCGAUGCCAAAUCCUGUGACCAUUCCGCAGCCCAAAGUGAAGACCGCUAAUUCCAUACCUGUCAUGCAUUCGCGCCGCCAGUAA